AUGGCACCUACACCUUGCUUUCGGUGUAAGAAUAACAGGGCUGUUGUAAAGCGACCCAAGAACCACCAUAAGCUAUGUCGCGACUGCUUCAUUCAAGUUUUUGAAGAUGAAGUUCACCAUACAAUCACAUCGUCAAAGCUCUUCUUCCGGGGUGAACGAGUUGCUAUUGGUGCUUCAGGUGGCAAGGAUUCAACAGUUCUGGCUUCUGUGAUGAAAACCUUGAACGAACGCCACGACUACGGGCUGGAUCUGGUAUUGCUUAGUGUUGACGAAGGUAUCAAGGGAUACCGAGAUGAUUCACUAGAGACAGUCAAGCGAAAUGCUGUUCAAUACGACAUGCCCCUGGAGAUUGUCGGCUACGAUGAGCUGUAUGGAUGGACUAUGGACCAGGUCGUCGAAACUAUUGGAAAGAAGGGAAACUGCACGUAUUGUGGUGUUUUCCGACGACAGGCCUUGGAUCGAGGGGCCAAGAAAUUAGCUAUUCAGCACGUUAUUACCGGCCACAACGCCGACGAUGUUGCUGAGACUGUCCUCAUGAACCUUUUACGAGGAGACAUGCCUCGGCUAUCUCGAAGUACCAGCAUCGUCACGGGAAACUCAAGCAGCGAGGUCAUGAGAAGCAAGCCUCUCAAGUACGCCUACGAGAAGGAGAUUGUUCUUUAUGCACACCACAAGAAGUUGGACUACUUCAGCACAGAGUGUAUAUACAGUCCAGAGGCUUUCAGAGGUACAGCACGAGGACUUAUCAAGAAUCUCGAAAAGGUGCGGCCAAGCGCCAUCUUGGAUAUUGUCAGGAGUGGAGAGGACAUGGCUCGUCUUACACCCGACAAGGGCCAAGGGGCAUGCGGCGGCUGCGACGAGGGCGAGGGGAUUGGAGGCUGUGGUUCGGCCAACGGGCGAACUUCUGGCAACGAGAUGGCCCAAGUCGAGGCUAGCUUAAAGACGCAGCACGAAUCUGCAGCUCUCGAAACAGAGAUCACGGUCAACGGAGCCCCCAAGGACGAUGCCGUACCUCUACCAGUUAGGACAAAGAAGCCAAAGCAGAAGGAGGCACCGCCUGCACCGAAGCAGAGUCUAGGAAAGUGUGUCAAGUGUGGCUACAUGUCGAGUCAGACCAUGUGCCAGGCUUGUACGCUACUGGAGGGUCUGAAUAAGAAUAGAGCAGAGAUAGCGAUAUAA